CACAUACACACAAACACCAAAGAAACUUUUCUCAAGAACCAUAAUUUUUGUAGUUGCUGCUACUGCUCAUAGAUUUGAUUAAUGAUAAUCAUACUUAAUCAUAGUAGUAGAAGUUUUUAUUGCAAGAAGUCGAUAUCUUUAACUCCAAUACUUGGGAGUAACAAAAAAUAACUAUUUUAACUAAGGCUAAGGAGUGCAGAAUCAUGAAUGUAGUCGUAGAAAAGUUUUGGAAACCCGGGCCGAAUAGCCACUUCGAAUAAUGAAUGAAUAAGUAAUGGUCACCAUCCACAUGAAAUUAGUAUUUUAAAAAGUUAAUUUUUUUUUUGUUUGAAGUACAGUACAGUUACUAAACACACAAUUAGUAUACCUAUAAAUUAUAGUAUAAAUAAAACAAGAGUAUUGUUAAAAACCAAUUUAAAAAACUAAAAAUGAAAAUUGAUUUAUCUUUUUGUCAAUAAGUCAAUUUAAUUUUAUAAUACUAUUAACUAUUAAUACUAAUAGACUUAGACUCGAUUUCCUACUUUCUUGGUGUCGAAAUCAUGAAUAAUUGUAGACACUUUUUAUUUAAUUUAAUUAACAUUUUUAGAGUUAAGUCUAUUAAUAAAGUAAUUACUUUAAGGUGACCACUCCUACUGUUUUCAGAAGUCACUGAAACAGCCACAGCGCGGACUGUUGUUUUGAUUUUUUACAUUUGUCCUGGCCUGAGGUGAGUAUUGUACAGUUAAAGUUUAAAGACUACAAAAUUAAAAGUGAUACACUUAACAAAACCUGGUGUAGCAGUAAGCUACAUUCAUUGGCAUAGGAAAAGGGGUAGGGGCGUAAGGGAUUAUUUAAUCUUUCACUGAACUGAUAGCUAAAACAGUUUAAUUUAGGAUAUAUAUCAAGCUUUGACGGAUUAAUUAUUAUAAACCAUAUUUAUUAAGGGCAAGUACAGUUUGACAGAGAUUUUCCUACAUUCCAGCUAUAGCCUCAUGAAAUAUCUGAAAAUAAAAUGUUAAAUUAAUUUUGAUAUUGACAAAAAAUUAAUAAUAGAAAUAAAUUAAGUAAAACAAAUUGAAGUCUAAUAAUAUGGAAUGCUUUACAUUCAAUUAGGUGUAUCCUUUUUAAAAUUGUUAACAUCAAAAUAAUGGCAAAUAAUCAAUAACUCAAUAUUUUAUUUCAAAUUCAUUAUCGAAAUCCAUUUGACCAAUUUACUAAAUAAUCUUAUUGACAAUUUGUUUAAUUAAUACAGUCCCUUUGAGGGGAAGUAACAAGGUAAUAAUUAAAAGCUCUAAAAAGUGAUAGCUAGUUAAUGAUAAUGCCUUUAAUUUACAACGUGUAACUAGAAACCCCUUGAUUGAGUAGGACAUUUAGCAUGAUUUUAAAUUUAAAAAAUUAUUUAGAAAGCCUCCAUGGAUCUUGUUUAAGACGUUAGUGAAUGUAUUAAUUUUAAAAAUUACUUGUUUUCACUUUUUAUAGGCAUUACAAAAAUGCGGACCUGCACCGUGGGCGGAAAGAUUUCUAACUUUUUUAUCACUUCUCCAAUUGGUGAUAUUGAAAUUUCCUGCUGUGCUAAAGGAUUGCACCUAGUAACACAUUGUGCAAAAGAUGACAGUAAUUUUUCUCCAGAUCAAAAGUAAGCAUUGACUGAUUUAGACCUAGCGUACUUUUCUUAUUGCAGUUGCAUACUUUUCAGUUAUAAAUUUGUGAAAAUUAUUAGGAGUGGCAGUGGUUACUGGGUUACUGCACUCAUUUGUGACAUCAAGGAUUUCUCAAGGUACCCUGUGUUUUAAGAUACUCAGCAAUUCUAAAGCUUUUUUAUAAAUAUUCCAGAUUUGUUCCUUCAGCUGUAACUGAACUGACAGGUGAUUUAAUUUUGCAUUGGCUGCUGAUUUUUAACACAACAAAUAUUUGGUGGUUUAGUUUUUCGGCUCUUCUCUAAAUAUAGCUUCCUGACUUAACUUACAAGGAUUUCUUUCGUUUUAUGUUGCACUGUACUUGAUGCUAACCAAUUUUGAAUGUUAAAAAUGAACAAAGUGAGUAAUUAUUAUUAACACUACAGGAUACCAGUGUCAGUGAAAUCAGAUACAGACCAUAAUAUAACAGAAUGUGAUGCAGCUCACCAAAGCUAUAUUUGGCUCAAGAACUUUUUUACCCAAAAGAUUGCUAGCCCAAAUAUUCCUCCACUAUGCAGUUCUGUUGUAAAAGCAGGUGACUAUACAAAUAUUCAUAGUUAAAAGGAACACUUCUAUUUCUUACAUAACAUAUAUUUUAAUUGUUAUGAUUUGGUAAUUUUUUAUUUCUUUUUGCUAAAGCAACUAUGGUCAUAGUUGGAACUCAAAUCUACAUCAAGCCAGCAUAACCAUUUUCUAUUUAAUGAGUUUUUUUUGUUACAUAUGCUUUUUAUGCAUUAUAAGAGUUAUUUUUUUCUUUUUACACCAGAUACAUUCUGUGCAAAGGCUUUACAGCUUUUACCCAAAGAGGCACCAUUUGGUACAACCAUAACAUAUAAAGAUCUGGCAAGGAGUUGUGGGAAUGUAAAGGCCUGCAGAGCUGCUGGCCAAGCCAUGUCAACUAAUCCAGUUUUCAUAAUAAUUCCAUGUCACAGAGUUAUCAAUUCUGAUGGUGGCCUUGGUAACUAUGGGCAUGGCAAGAAAAACAAAAUAAAACAAUGGCUUCUGGAAUUUGAAAAAAAUAUACACUAAAAUGUUAUGAAAGUUGACAAAUUUUUUAAAUAAAUAUUUAAAAAAAAAUAAUUUUGAAGUUCAAUUUUUAAAAGUAUUAAUUUUCUUACUUGAGAAAAGAUGCUUGGUGACAUCAAAAAGACUUGUGGUAUAAUAUUCCAUUCCAAAUCUAGGUCAACAACACAUUUGUAAUGUCACAUUUUUUAUAAACAAAAUCUUUCCUUGACUUGCCACUUGCAAUUCAAUAUUUGCUCAUAAACCUGCUCAUAGCAUAUGCUUUAGUUAUGACUUGAUAUGGUUAACUUCAAGACCAUCAGUGCAAAACUCACAAGAAGUGAAAUUAACAACAAGAAGUAACAAAUUUAACAAAAGAAUUAUUUUUUUUAUUGAUUAACAGUUCAAGGACUAAUCCAAAAUAACUAUACCGAACAUCAAAGAAAACACAAACUGAAUUGAUGAAAGUAUAAAUAGGGAAAAAGAUCACAGUUUUGACACAUAUUAUGAAAAUUCUGAA